UAUAUCCGUUGACAACUACGAUUCAAAAUUAUUCAGGAUUCCAAUACUUUCCCUUAUUAUAUUUUUCAUAAAUGUUCAGGUGAAAGUAAAAUCAAAUACCUGAUAUAUAUAAUAUUUUGAUAUAAUAUUAAAAAUAUAAAAGAAACAUCGUGUAAACAUGUUAUAUCGUUUAAAUGUCAGAUACCCGUACUAGGUGAAGGUUGACUUAGGAUCUGUAUAUAUAUCGAACGUGAGCCUAGUCCUAGACACAUUCAACUGUCAACACAUUUAACAUGUACAAACUCGUGAUCCUGUCCGCUCUGGUAGCUAUGGCUUUCGCCUCCUACGGCGACCACGAGUCCCACGAACAGGCGUACUCCUCCCAGAAACAGGUCAACUACGUCAAGGAUUCUGUCAUAGUCGAGAUCAAAGUCAUGUCAGAUCCAGUAGACCACCAUGUUCCAGAAGUGCACCAUGUUCCAGUGAUACAUCACGUCGAGACUCCAUAUCACCACUAAAUCCUUCGACCUUAAAAUUCUCUCCCUCAUUCCGAAAAUACCAUCC